GCACGACGGGCAGGUUCGGGCGGACUCGGGAGCCGAGCAGGGGGGCACUGUUGUCAUUCGUCAGGGCUGCGUGUCGAGCUUUUGUCCAGGAGAAAUGGCUGGGAUUAAAGCUCUCAUCAGCCUGUCCUUUGGAGGGGCCGUUGGCCUCAUGUUCCUCAUGCUAGGAUGUGCCCUCCCAGUGUACGACAAAUACUGGCCUUUGUUCCUCCUCUUCUUCUACAUCCUCUCCCCCAUCCCUUACUGCAUCUCGCGGAGGGUGGUCGACGACACAGACUCGGCCAGUAACGCCUGCAAAGAGCUGGCCAUCUUCCUCACGACGGGCAUCGUCAUCUCAGCGUUUGGCCUGCCCAUCGUCUUCGCAAGAGCUGAAGUAAUCGCCUGGGGGGCGUGUGCGCUUGUGCUAACGGGUAACGUAGUCAUCUUCGGGACCAUCCUGGGCUUCUUCAUGGUCUUUGGAUCCAACGACGACUUCAGUUGGCAGCAGUGGUAAAGCAGCAGCGGGAGGGUGACCUUAGUCUGAACUGUUUUUAUUAGCAUUACAAUUAUUAUUAUGGUAUUACUGUUUGGUUCUUGUUGUUGUUAUUUAUAUGAUGACCGCCCAUCCAUAGACUCACACCAAACCAGUGCAAUACUUCUUUUCUUUUUUUUGUUUUGUACCGCCUGCAUCAUAUUGAACUGACACAAGUGGGAAGGAAAAUGCUGACUUUCAGUUGGACUUUUACUCAUUUUAGUUCUUCUGUGUUUGUGAGUUUUUCUCCAUUUGUGUGUUUCAUUUUGAGUGUUAUAAGCUAACGAGCGCUGGUGAACAACUGCUUGUUUUAUCUGUGAAAAAAAAAAUAAUCCAAUUGAAUGUCGAAUACGACUGAAUCUGACCAAAAGGACGGGGUCGUACCUGUCUGGGCUCCUUUCUCUAUUUAAUAGACACACUGGAAGAAGCUGUCUCUACACUGACAGUACAGACGGGUGUGCGUUUCCAGUCAAAGUGCUGAGUUCAGUGUAAAUCAGCAGAAAGCAGAUAGAAAAUCUGCACAACACAAGCUCAGAUUUCACCAGUCAGGAUGAGGAAAAUCUCCAUUUCCUUUUGGCACGAGUCUCAGUAGACUGAAACUGUGACUAUCUUUUCAGCCUGUUCUCAUCCCCAGGUAGUCAAAUACCAACAAUUUGAAACCAAAGGCACCUUUUUUAGGCUUUUAACCAACUCCGGUUUAAACUCUUCUGAUGCUGAGAGUCACUGACGUCGUAUAACGAGAAAAACGUCUGUGUGGGGUGAGAGGGAGGUGAAAUAGAUUGGUCAAACAAAACAAGUAUUUUACCCAGGAGACCACAGGUCCUGUCUCAUGUGAAACCAAAUGACAGUGUUGUUAUAAUGUAAUGUUACGUAACGUGUGCACCUACGUCUCGUGUAAAACCAAAAGUCAAUGCCAUUUUAAUUUUUUACACAUGGCCGUCCCCAACGACGUCACUCGUGUUGAAUUUACGUCAUGUAACGUUAUUUUUACAUAACCAGUGUGCUUAUUUUAAACCAAAACAUGGUCAUUUUUCUAAACCUAACCAAGUGGUUUUGUUGCCUUGGACCCAAUCCCAGUACGCCCCUUGCCUUCACCACUUAAAGCUCACUACUCCGUUUUACUCCUUCGCACGUCUAGGGGUAAGAUGUCCUGAUUGUUGUUGGAAUCGAGGGAUAGGGUAAAGUAUUCGGGCUACAUAGCUCUCCAAAUUUAGUUUUUUUUAGUAGGCAAGAUGGCUGCACGGGCAACUAAAGAAACCCACUAAUUAAUUUUCUCCAUUAACAUUACAAUAACCAUUGUAUUAUCGUUUUACUGAUUGUGGUUGCUUUAUUACAAGCAUAACAAAAGAAACUGCCAGUGUGCUGAUGUCUCGCUAGCUAACUAGCUAGCUAGCUAGCUAACAUUACAGUAUUAUUGCUGAUUUGUGCGUGACAGUCCCACAUUUUGACACACUUCAUGAUGCAUUCCCCUCUUUUGAUGGCACAUGACGCCUGAAAUAUAACUGAAGUCCAGCAGCGAGGUUACUGCACUUGUUAUUGCUCCUCUAAUACCAGUACAGACUGACAGGGUAGGAGCAGGCUGCUAACGUUAGCUUACAGAGCAAUGCUAGUGGCCUGAUAAUGAAGCACUGUUCUUUUUUAUUUGAUGUUUGAUCGAUUAAUUGCGGGAAACGUACAGUGUGAAAGAAUUGCGAGCAUCCUGACGACCACAGAAGGCUGCCUGUAGCCCAUGUAAGAGAAGUCACCACAGCAGAAGAUGGCAUAUUUGCAUUCACAUAAAUGCCAGCUUCGACAGCUACCGAUGACGUGUCAGGGUCUAGAAGGUUGUCCCUUUUCACAGGGAAAUAAUUUAACCACUACCCCUUGUGAUUUUGUUCCGAGGGGCAGGGUGGCACUUAAAAAACGGAGGGUUGGCGUAAAAGUAUGAUAAGGGAUUGGGCCUAACUCUAACCAUUUCACAACAUUAACCACAAUGCAGUGUGUUCCAGAUGUGUGUCAUAUAGAGACACUAAAGGCUGCCCUGUGCGUCGCUAUGAGACGCCUUUUUUAACAACCUGGGAAUAAGAAUGAGUUGAUUUUUUCUCACAGUUAAAGGUGAAAACUGAGCUGCUAGCGUGCAGAGUUUUCAUUAGCUUUCUGCUAAUGUGAUGCUACUGUCGCUAAGAUGUGACAGUCACAAAGAUCAGUGAGUGUUUGUGAAAGGGCUGGGCUGUUACUGUCACCACUCAUCUUCUAAACCCUGUUACAUGUGUUAGUGUAAAUCAGUCCAGCAGUCUUUCUCUCUUUCUGUGUGAGAACAUGUUGGAUAGAAGUGUUUUCACUUUAACAUGUUUUCCCUUUGAUUUUGUUUUAUGUCUGCAAUCCAAAAGUAUCAUAAAGAGAUGAUGUUCAGGAGCAGCAGAGUGUUUGUUUCCUCUGAACUCAGAGGACAGGAUUCAUUUAAACGCCCUCACCAUCACCACAGAGAUCAAAUUAAACCGACUUGGUGAUUUCCCAGGUGCCAACAGGAUGCAGGCUGCUUAUUCACCGUGUCAUUUUGCAUACGAUAGCUGUUACCUCACUCUGUGUAUGGGUAAGCCUCGCCCGUGUCAGGUCAAGAAAGCAUGAAAAGCCUUUAGUAGCCGCCAGCUAGCGUAGGAUUAGCUCGAGGACAGCAGCCUUGUUGGAAACUGAGCCAAGCUAAGAACCGGCCGACUUAUACCCGAGGCCUGGGCAGUCACUGACAGCUCUUAAGCUUUUAAAUGUGACUCCUUCAAAGUAAAAGCAUCCAGCGUCAGUCUGUGCUCAGUGUUACUGUCGUAUUUCUCUCUAGAAGCACAUUAGGUCCAGAUUUGGCGCAACGUGCCGUCACAUUUCCUCACACCAGCAUUUUCAUGAUAAAAGUUAUGUUGUCUGAUUUAAAGUGUUUCUGUGUGAAGGAAAUCUGUACUUUAGGUUGUGUAAUCUGUUGGCAGCUUGUAGGCUGCAGUCAGUCAGGUGCAGCUCUCCUGUUCGCUGUGUAACUGCAUUAGUGGGAGCUAAACGAGGAGUUCAGCAUCUGCUGCCUCGCUGAAGCGCCGAUGUGUUGAGUGGAGGGUUGAACAUUUCCUUUAGACGUCUGUCUUUUUUUUUGUUGGGGGGUUUGUUUCUGUGGAUGGUUCAGUUUGAAUAUGUGCUCUCUGGAAGAUACAACAAUGUGAUUUUUAAUGAGGACUAAUUUUGAUUUGUUUUCAUUGUGUCCCAUAAUUUCAAAACCUAAAUGAAUUCUUUAGCUUUGUGUCGUAGGUCGGCCCAGAACGUACUUUUACCACGGGUUUCCAGACGCAGCAGAUUUCCAAUGAAAGUGUAAGACACACUCUUUGUCCCACAGGAUUAUUUCCACUUUCAGAAUCCUUCUUUAAAACCACACAAUAAAUAAAACUUGCAUUAAAGGAAUAGUUCAAAAUUUAAGCCCCAGCUGGUCCAGGAGCUUCUCCUCCCUGAUGGACGUUUCCAGGCAUAUUUUAGGAUGACUCAGGGGCAGUUUGACACCCUGCUGUCUAUCGUCAGGCCGUAUAGCUCUGUGUAUCCAGCAACAGCUACCACCAGUUUCUUCUCCAUUGUUUACCAACUAUAAACUUGUUGUUUUGUCCACCACAGAAGACCCGCCUCUCAAAUCAACCAACUGGACAAUUAGAAAAAGGAUGACUUAAAAAUGAUGAUGCGUUUUUCCGCAGAGCGCUCUCGCAAAACUCUUAGAGCGCAGAAACACGAGGCGCAUCACAACACAAACACAGCGAGCAAAAAACUUCAUUCUUAUUAAAAACAAUUACAAAAAGCCACCUCCAGCUGCUAAAACGCUUUCUGUGUAAUCAGGGCCUUAUUCGCUCUUCUGUCAAGAGUCAGGAGAAGAGAAGAUUAACUGUCUUCAUAUCACAACCAAAAACAAAAAAUGAGUUUGGUUUAGUUGUGCGGGGGAUUGCUACGACUAGCAAGCUCAAAGGGAACUACGAUGACUAGUCAAAGUUGCGUAAAAGUUGCGAUGAUAAAACAAAAGUGAAAGGUCACGCAGAACUCCUGGAGAUUGGUUGAAUUUGCAUUAAUUGUUGUGAUCGUAAUUUUUCGCCAUAAAUUGUCCUAAACUGUGCUUAAACCACAAUUUGUCAUUUUUACAUCUCUGUGCAACACAUUCUCACUCUGACCUCGUCACAUAUCAACGUUUGGUCAUGGACCUUCCACGACCAGAUACCACGUGCAAGGUACCCUGGGUGUGUUGGUUGUUGACGUUCUGGGACGCCGUGUCAACUUCAGCCUGUUACAUGCAUUGUCUUCUUUCAAAAUACACUUCUGUUUUCACAGGAAAUUUAUCGUUUACAUUCAGUCUCUUUCAAAAUAAAAGCACUACGUCAGGACAACAAUGCAAAUUGACUUUUUUUUUUGUUUUUGUUUUUUCCGUCCAACAACAAACGCACGUGGUUGGGUUUAUAAUCUUACGAGACACAAACACCACUCUCACAGGUGAAAGUCUGUGUUAGUUGGACCCAUCCACCACCCCUCCCGUCCGCCCCACUUGGGCUUUCGCCGCCUUAACUUUCGUUAUUGUCCCACAGCGUUUCCCCCGACACUGCUGAGCGUAGUUUAACUAUAACGGCUACAGGCUGCGUAUCAUGCCGCUGUUAAAGGAUGGAUUCCUUCGUCAGUGUCGCCACAAGUCACUGCCCAAGCGCCGGAUUUCGACGACUUUGGAGUGUUGAUGGGUGUUUCAUAAUCGGGGAUAGCUGUUUUGCUUCCAGUCUUGAUGCUAAGCUAAUCACCUCCUGGUCCAUACUUGAUGCACAGACAUGAGCUACAGUUAUUUCCUCUAUAAAUGAAAAAAAAACAAUGGGAAGUGGAAAGUGUUGGAAGUCUGCUGAGGAAACCCGUACCUAAAAAUACUGACGUCUGGGUUUUAUCACUACAAAUAGGCAUUAACACUUCUUCACACUCAGCUGUGAUAUUUAUUUAUUUAUCGUCUGUUACGUGGCUCUUCCAGAGAUCACACCCUCAGUGAAGGCACUGAUUGUAUUAAAAGCACCAUAAUGAUGGCAGCUUUUUAGUUCCAUUUGAAAAAUGUAUUUAACUAAGUUACUGAAUAUUGAAAACUACUGACAUGAUUUGUGCAUAUUGUUCUGUAACACUACUUUGAAUCUAACUGAACAUGCUCUGAGCAGAACAUUUACACACUGGUGGUCGUCUGUAUGAGUCAGUCUGUGGUUGGACGAGCAGGGUAACUCCACAUUGUGUUCCUGAGGAGUGAACGUCUGUGUGACACGACAUGAAUUUUAAGCUCAAUUUGUCAAAUGUUCUCUGUUUUGUAGUCUGACGUUCAAACUCCCUGAUGUGACAGGAGCUGGUGUGUAGCUGUGGGAUGGGUUUCUCUGUGUUUCUGUUCCAAGAGAAAUGUCAAUGCUUUGUUUCGCACAGAUUUGGGAGGAUAUUGUAUUUAUUUAAUUUAUCGGACGCUUGGUGUCGAUGUCCAACGCCAUUUUCUAUCUACAACUUUUCUGUUAAAGAGGCAGAAGUCAGCAUGGUGGUUUUCUUUUCUUUUUUUUAAAUAAACGCCAUUUUUGAA